AUGAAGUCUACCAUCUCCAUCGUCCCCCUUCUACUCAUUCUCCUCCUACUCACCCCUCUCAUCGCUGCGUGGGACACCGCCCCUGACCAGCGCAAUCGCCCCCCGAUCCUAGCAGAAGACGAGAUCAUCGACCAGCGCAACCGUCCCUCCGAUGAAGCUCUCGAGCCAGUUGAUAAGACCGACGACGUUUGGUCGUACUACAUAGGACGGGUAUUUGGCGUAGCCCGCGGCCGCUGGAGCGGCUUUGGGACGGAGUUUGCGGAGGAUUUAAUUGACGGAUUUUUCACCUUGUUGAAAAACAUCUGA